AUGUUAUCUGCGAUUACUAAAGGUAUUAAUGUUCCAGCAAAAGAUAUCCCUGGAGCACGUUUCACCCGAAGAAGGGAUGUCAACUCACAAUCUCUACUGGAAAAUACUUGCAACAGCAAACGUCUGGACCUCGUCUUCAUCAUUGACAGCUCUCGCAGUGUACGUCCUUAUGACUUUGAGAAAGUGAAGGAGUUCAUUUUAACCAUCUUGCAGUUUCUGGACAUCAGUCCUGAUGCCACUCGAGUAGGUCUGAUCCAGUACGGCAGCACAGUCAAGCAGGAGUUCUCCCUGAAGACGUUCAGGAGGAAGCAGGAUAUUGAAAGAGCAGUGAAGAGGAUGAUGCACCUGGCGACCGGCACCAUGACUGGACUGGCUAUUCAGUAUGCAGUGAACAUUGCGUUUUCAGAGUCAGAAGGAGCUCGACCUCUGAAGCAGAAUGUGCCCCGAAUUAUCAUGAUAGUGACAGAUGGGAGACCUCAGGAUCCAGUGGCAGAGAUUGCUGCUAAAGCUCGGAACUCGGGUAUCCUGAUUUUUGCCAUUGGAGUGGGAAGAGUAGAUAUGAACACGCUGAAGUCCAUUGGGAGUGAACCGCAUGAAGAGCAUGUGUUUCUGGUUGCUAAUUUUAGUCAGAUUGAAACACUGACCUCUGCCUUCCAGACUAAACUUUGUGUACCCCAUAUGUGCAGCACAGUUGAGCAUCGCUGUGAUCACUUCUGCAUAAACACUCCUGGCUCCUACGUAUGCAGAUGUAAACAGGGAUACAUCCUGAAUGCUGACGAGAAGACUUGCAGCACUCAGGACCUUUGUGCUGUGGAGAAACAUUCCUGUGAGCAGAUUUGUGUGAACACACCUGGGUCUUACGUGUGUCAGUGUUAUGAAGGGUAUGAGCUUGAUGCAAAUGGAAAGAAUUGUGUCGUUUUAGACUACUGUGCUUUGGAUAACCAAGGUUGCCAACAUGAAUGUGUUAACACUGAGGACUCCUAUUACUGUAGAUGCCACUCAGGGUUCAUUUUAAAUCCAGACAGAAGAACUUGCAGAAGACCAGACUAUUGUGCUCUUCAAGACCAUGGCUGUGAACAGGAAUGUGUUAAUACAGAUGAUUCCUAUUUUUGUCAGUGCCAAGAAGGGUUUAGACUUAAUCCAGAUAAGAAAACAUGCAAAAUAAACUUCUGUGCUUUAGGUCAGCAUGACUUUGAGUGUGAAUGCAUUAACAUGGAAGAGUCAUUUGUGUGCAAGUGACAUCCUGGACACUCCUCACAACGUGCAGGCAAUACGUGCAGAAACAAGUUGGACCACUGUGCUGAAAGCAAUCACGGCUGUGAGCAACUGUGCCUAAAUACUGAUGACUCCUACGUCUGUCAGUGCUCUGAAGGAUUUGUCAUCAAUGAGGACCUAAAAACCUGCUCACGAGUUGACUAUUGUGCUCUGAAUGAUCAUGGCUGUGAACAUUUGUGUGUAAAUGGCGACAGAUCUUACACUUGUCAGUGUUUUGAAGGAUACAGGCUUCGUAACGAUGGGAAAAUGUGUAAACAUAAAGACAUUUGCAGUUCAGUUGAUCAUGACUGUGAACAUGUUUGUGUUAAUGCUGAUGAAUCAUACAUCUGCCAGUGUUUUGAGGGAUUUGCACUAAGAGAAGAUGGAAAAACAUGCAGAAAUAAGGACAUCUGCAAAUCAGUCAGUCAUGGCUGUGAACAUCUUUGUGUUAAUAAUGACGAUUCAUACACUUGCCAAUGCCAUGAUGGAUUUGUACUAAGGCAAGAUGGGAAGACAUGCCGAAGCAAGGAUAUUUGCAAAUCAGUCAACCAUGGCUGUGAACAUGCUUGUGUUAAUGCUGGUGAUUCAUUUGUUUGUGAGUGUCAGGAGGGAUUCCUGCUAAGAGAAGAUGGAAAAACGUGCAAAAGAUGCACUGAAGGCCCCCUUGACCUAGUGUUUGUGAUUGAUGGAUCCAAAAGUCUCGGAGAGGAUAAUUUUGAAAUUGUAAAACAAUUUGUCUCAGGAGUCUUGGAUACACUUGAGAUUUCACCCAAAGCUGCUCGAGUUGGUUUGCUUCAGUAUUCCACUGAAGUUCGCACAGAGUUUACAUUAAAGCAGUUCAGCUCAGCCAAAGACAUGAAGAAAGCUGUAUCGCAAAUGAAAUACAUGGGGCGGGGUUCCAUGACGGGACUAGCUCUGAAGCAAAUGUUUGAGAGAAGCUUCACAGAAACAGAAGGAGCAAGACCAUUUUCAGCAAAUGUCCCUCGAAUUGCCAUCGUGUUUACAGAUGGACGAGCCCAAGAUGAAGUCUCUGAGUGGGCUGCUAGAGCAAAGCGAAAUGGUAUAAUUAUCUAUGCCAUUGGAAUAGGAAAAGCAAUUGAGGAAGAACUGCUGGAAAUUGCUUCUGAGCCAUCAUAUAAACAUCUGUUCUAUGCUGAGGAUUUUACAGCUAUGGAGGACAUAAGUGAAGAGCUGAGAGCCCAAAUCUGUGAAG